AUGCCAGGAACUGCUGGCACGACGGCGACCGCGCCGAAAUCCGCAGAUCGAGCUGUCCCUGUAACUCUCAACGAGGCAGUCCUCGAUUCCCCAACGUUCCGCGCAGCCGCCACUCACUUCGCCGAUCAAGUGGAUGCUGUCGAGAAGUGGCUCAAUGGAUAUGUCGGCUCGACAUCGAAACUUAUGAGCGGCCUCCUCUCUCUCGAAGACACUGUCAACAACUACCUCUCCAAGACGACUCCCUUUCCGGACAAUGUCAUCGAUAAUGACUAUACACUCCUGGCCCUCAAGCGCACCAGCGAAGGCAUGCGAGAGCUCUGGACGCAAUUGCUCAAUACGCAGAAGCGAAUGGAGACCGCUGUCGUCGAGCCUAUUCGAUCGUUUUUAACGGGGGAGCUGCGGAACUUUAAGGAGAUAAGGAGAAGCUUAGAGCAGACCCAGAGAACCUAUGAUUCAACUCUCGCCCGUUAUGUGUCGCAGUCGAAGACAAAGGAACCAUCCGCCCUCCGCGAAGAUGCCUUCGCUGUGUACGAGAAUCGAAAGGUGUAUAUCCAGGCUGCGAUGGAUUAUUGCCAGCUCGCGCCGCAGCUCCGGUAUUCGCUAGACCAGCUGCUGGUCAAGAUCUGCUGCGAUAUAUGGAAGGAGAUGAGCCGGGCUAAAGAUGCAGCUUCGAGUGCCACCCGAUGGGGCCGAGAGCUGGACCGUGUCCGGGGAUGGGCUAAAGAGAUGGAGUUGUCAGAUAAUGUCUUCAGGCGGGAGAUGCAGAAUGCAAGAAAGGAUAUUAGUGAUGUGACCUUUGAGAGCUUCAAACCUUCUCGCGAAAUCGAGGAUUAUAGCACCUCAACCGUAGCAUUCUUAGGGUCGCGCGGACCCGUCAGCGUGCGCCCGAACGACGGGGGCAGUGCUGCUGUUACCGAGAAACAGGGCUGGCUAUUCUUGCGGAUAGUAACAGGCAAGCCGGUCAGAUACAACUGGGUUCGGCGAUGGUACUACUGCCGAGAUGGCGUAUUUGGAUGGCUAACUCCUGGCACACAAGGUGUUCUGCAAGGAGACGAGAUUGGAGUACUGCUUUGCAACGUCAAGCCGGCCGCCGGCGAGGAGCGACGAUUUUGCUUCGAGCUCAAGACAAAGAGCCGGAGCAUGCUGAUGCAGGCUGAAACGCAAAAAGAACUGACUGAUUGGUUGGAAGUUUUCGAAAUGUCGAAAAAGAAGGCAUUUGAGGCUACUAUGGACAGAGAUAAUAGCCCACUGGCCGGUGGCGUCGAUCCAGCAUUCUCAAUAUCUGCCCCUAGCAUCCCGGAGUUUUCGGCCAAGGGAAUCGAUGCGCAGAUGGGCUCGUCUGACGACGUCGUACCAAGCAUAGAUCGUGCAUCCACCUUGGCUGUUCCUGGAGCAGAAGAUGGCUCAUCUACCCGACGGAGUUAUGAUCCUAACGGGAGCGGAUCUCGUCGAUCCAUCUCAGCACUUGGACGGGACCUGGCACGAGAGGAAGGCGAGAGUGGUCGGGAACAUGCAGCAAGGAUCAUCCAGAAGCUUGAUCUUCACCGCAAAGCGACGUUCGGCGCCAGCCCUGAGCCUACGCUGACGACUUCCAGCUCAUCGGGGGGCCUGUCUGGCAUGAUAUCUGGAAAUCAAAGCUCCCAGCUUGUAGGGACUUCUCUAUCUUUGACGUCUUCAAGCCAAGCUAAGCUGACGGGCGUGGCGCUUCCACUGUUGGACAACAAACCUGGUACACUUGCUCCUCCUACUUUGGCUCGGCCUCCGACAAUCACGAGUUUCAGCCGCACUGCAGUGCUUAUCGCCGGUGAACGAGGCCACAUUUUAGAAGGAAGAAAAUUGCCAACAUCCGUUCUCGCAAACUACUGGGGAACCAGUAUGUGGGGUGCAAUGCAAUCUGAACCGGCUGCGACGACCAGUCUUGACGAUGACGAUCCCAUUGGCGUUGUCGUAUCAGAGGACUCGCAGGCGACGACACCGCUUGGUGAAGCAGUACAGGCAAAGAAGGCUAGCGAAUCCUUACCAGCUGGCUAUCCUCCUGAAUUAAGAAUCCAGCAUGCGCAGUUCAGGCUUCUGUUCCCCAAUGCUCCGCCAGAGGAGAGAUUAGUGCUCGUAUUCCGAGCAGCCUGGUCGAGUUCGCUGGAGGGUAGUUCCAAGAGCGAGCUACCUGCUGGCGACGGCAGAAUCUAUGUGACAGCAGAGAACAUGUAUUUUUACGGCCAGCAGAUGGGCUUGGUAACAGCUUAUAGUAUCCCCUUGGAUAUCAUUACUGAAGUAACUGCAGCUGCUGGCAGAGACUGCGAUUUCAUUUUCCUACACUUGAGUCGGGAUCUGAACGAUACGGGAUAUAAGAGGAUAACCAUCAAGGUGUUCCUCGACGAUCUUCAACUACUCCAUGCCCGUCUCAACCUCCUGGUAGACAAUCUACAGGCGGAAGAACCGCUUGACACUUUGGAAACCAUCAAGGCGUUGAUUAAUAUUGAUCAACACGAAUAUGAUAAGCCAAGCCCCAGUGCUGAGAGCUGGGAGGAGGUAUCAUCGAGCACGCCAAUGGAUAACGGCACAGCAUUGGGAAGGCCAGUAGAGCGAAGCACAGGCGAUAUUCCUCGCGUGAUAGCUCCUUCCUCUGGUCAAAAGUUCCCACUCAAGUUGAAUUUACCCAAACACGAAGUCUUCUACGAGCCAGAUGAUAUGAAGGAGAUGGCGGCCGAGAGGCACUUUGACCUAAGCGCAAAGGCAUGCUUCCACGUCCUUUUUGGAGACAAGAGCUUUGUGUUCCCAAAGUUGUACUUUGAGCAUCGCGCAAAGCAGAUUGCCCAGGGCCCAUGGUCGGCUGCCACCGACAAAGAGCCAUCGAGGCGUGAGUUUCAAUUUAAGAUAGACUACGUCGAUGUCUUUGGUCGGUCGAAGACGGAGGACAUACGGGAUUUCCAAACAAUUGACGUAUUUGACGACCAUGUCACAUAUGUGGUUACGCAUACGAGAACAGCGUGGCACCUCCCUCAUUCCCAGCUCUUUAAGCUGGUGACCAAGGUCGUCAUCACAUAUGUCGCCAAGUCGAAAUGCAAGCUAGCAUUUUACGUCCGCAUCGACUGGUCAAAAUCGCCGCCAAUAUCAAAAAGUCUAGUGGAACGCCAGGCUCUCCGUGACGCGGCAAGCGAUGCUGAAGAGCUAGCCGAGAUAGCUACUGAUCAGAUCCACAAGCUGGGCUCAAGAAGUCGUACCCAUAAGGCUAUUCAAGUAUACGGCCAGGUAGGCCAGCAAACGCAGGUGGUAGUCUUCUCGCCGGCACCAACCGAUGCAAGGAAGAAGCAGGCCAUCAAGCCUCGCACGCUUACAGCUAUGCUAUUCGAGACGGUUCGAUCUCUCGGCGAAAGCGUUGUCUCCUCUGUGAUUUUGUGGAUCAUUGCGGCAUUGAAAAAGAUAUUCAAUGUUGUAACCGCGCAUCGUGUCAUCUUGAUAUUCCUGGGACUGAGCAUAGCUACCAAUUUGAUGCUAUCUUCCACGGAAUCAUUGGCUUGGUGGCAGGAACGGAGAGCGGCGAACUUUAUGCGCCGAGUUGGCGUGUCGCCGAACCACAUGAUGAGCAAAGCGAUUUAUAUUGCUGACUUGCAUGAAGCAUCCGGCGCCAACGAUGAUGAGUUGUCCUCCUUCCCACAAAACAGCACGUGUUUUGGCACGUUCAGAGAAGUUUUGGACGCCACGAGCAUGGAUUCUCCAUGGGAGACGGCGGGAGCCUCGCUUUCCUUGCCAUCAAGUCGAGCCACGGCUCGUCGGCUACGGAAGACACGACAGCGGCUCGGAAUGUAUCGACAUGAUUUGCUGGUUGCGAUGAGGGUCGUCAACAGCGUUGAGCGGGAGAUGCUGCAAUCAGAGUGGGAGAACUGGCUGGCCAACGAGAACUCCCUCUGCGAUAACCUCGAAGAGAUGUUACAUAAUGACGGCGGCAGAAGCGACGACAACGCCAAUGCAAGUGAUGAAUCAUCACAGAAGCCUAUGGGCUCUAUACCGCCGGAACGGAAAAGAGCUCUUGAGGCGUGGCGUGAUGACUACUGCGGAAGUUGUCGGAGGGACCAUGCAAAAUGGAGUCCGGAGCAGCCGGCCCUGAGUCGGUGGAGUCGAAAGUGCGAGCUCCCCAUGGUGGCCCAUCACGAGCCGUUGCGGGCAAUGGGGCCGAUCGAGUGGGACGACGUCCCGGUUGGCAACCUCAAGCCGUUUAUGGACGACGUCUUCAUCGAUGCCCAGACCGUCGCCGAAUCUGUUCCCUCUCCGACCACGGCCACGGCCACUGGGGCUGCGGCGACGUCAAUAGGCGCCGUGUUCGAACAGGCUGAGAAGGCUUAUUCGCAGCGGGAAUCAGGGUCAUCACUUGCCAUGGCUCAGAAGCUGCGAAAGGAGUGGAAGGAAGUCAAGAUAACUGCCAAUAAUCCGUUGAACAUCAGCGUCUAUAAGCUUGGGGCGAAAGAUGGCAAGGGAGCGUGGUUUGCCCGGCGGAGCGUCCACCAUGGUUUGACGUUUGAGGAAUGGAAGAGGGGGAUGGAGAUGGAGUUUCCCGAGACACUCAAAGUACAAGGCUCGCCGGGCAGUGGCAACAUUCGAGGCGUUGGUGCAGAUAAGCGGGUUGAGAGCCAAGAGGUUGAGAACUCGGGACAUAUGAGUGUAUUCCAGCUAUCGGCUCAAUUCCCAGGACCCACGGCGCCGAGAGAUUUCAUAACGCUGCUUCUUACGACUGACUUUGAAUAUAAGCCGGCGGAUCAGGAGAGACCUCUGCGGCAACAUGUCGUUGUUUCAAAACCAUGCCAUCAUGACGAGUGCCCUCCCCGGACGGGAAUAAUCCGCGGAUCCUAUGAAUCUGUAGAGAUAAUCAGGGAGGUACCAAUUGAGGACGGCCUUACGUCAAAGAUAUCAUUAUUGUCAUCAGAUCUGGGCUCCGAGGAGGUUCGAAGCUCCAGCUCAGAUUCACAGGAACAUCAAUCGGUGGCUAUUGAAUGGUUAAUGGUCACGCGAAGCGACCCUGGCGGCAGUGUGCCGCGCUUUAUGGUUGAAAAGGGCACUCCACCCGGAAUUGUUGGAGAUGCCGGGAAAUUUGUCAAGUGGUUAACGGCAAUAUCACUGCUAAGCUCUAACAGUGGUGAAAGCCUCCCCGAGGCAGUGAGCCCAGCAAAGCGAAGCCAAGAAAGUACAACGCCUCCCAUCAAUGGGAGCCCCCAAAUACUUCCUAUGCACAAGCCAAAACCUAGUGUCGAUUCCAAGAGGAGAGAAGAAAUAGAAGCGGCAAGAAGAGAGUCGGUGCAAAGUAUUCCCAGCAGCAAUGGUAUAUAUGGCAUCAUAAGUGGAGUGUUUGAAGCCGCUUCAUCCGUCGUUGCUAGUGGUCUGCGAACGCUGGGAAGUCCGGCCGAGAGCAAUACCAGCCUAGAAGACUUGGAAUCCAGAGCCGCAGAAGAGCACGAAACGGAUGCCGAUGUGACCGAUCUGAGCGAGACGUCUUCCAUAAGAACUUUUAGAUCAGCGCUCGAAAGAACCAUGACCGAAGAAAAUCGAUCCAAGAGCAUGGCAGGCGGUAAUUCUGACGAGUCUAAGGCUCACGGAGAGCAGUUAUUAGAAAAGGAACUUAGAAAGCUCCAGGAGAAGCGACGAAAGCUAGAUGAAAAGGCCGCCCACAUGCAACAGCGUUUGGAAAAGAAACACCGCGGCGGCAAGGAGAAGGACGAAACGGCAAUAGCCAAGAUGCGUGAGAAACACGAAAAGGAGAUUGCCAAACAGGAAGCCAAAUACAGGCGGGAGCUGCAAAAGCUAGAAGACAAGCGUGUGCAUGAGGAGCGCAAGGCGGAGGCCCGCAGGCGUAAGGCCGUUGAGCGGGAGGAGAAGAUGAACCUGACGAUGGAGCUGGAGAAGACUAGGGCAGAGAGAGACGUUGCGCUGAAGGAGGUUGAGAUUCUCCAGGCCCAGGUUGGGCAGCUUCAGUCGCAGAAUACUAUGUUGACGGCCAAGUUGGGGCGGUUGAGCGGGCUUGAAAGGGCAGCUGUCUCAUCUUCCAAGGGCUCGGGGAUAGAGAGCAUCAAAGGGUGA